AUGUUACAUGAGUUGUUACUUGCUUUACAUGGAAUUUCCGGUGGUAUAUUCGUCCAGUCUGAUAAGACUGAAGAAGAUGAUGAUUUAGGUAUAGACCAACAUUUAAUACCCAUAUCAAAUAAUCUUCCUUUUGUACCACAAGGUGAACUUGUCCUUUAUGCGGAGUUAUUAAAACUUGGAACUUGCUACAAAUAUUUGGAAGAAUUUAAUGAACGCUUUUCCGAAUCAUAUCAUGGUUUAUAUUUAUCUGCAUUUGCAUUCGGAAUUGAUGAUUCACUUAAAGCAUACAGAAAAGACCUAUGUACAUUAGAAACUGAACUUCUGAUGGAUGCUGAUCUUGGUGUUUCACACAUUUCUUACCGUCUUCAUUCCUACAAGAUUUUAUUGCCUGUGCUUGUAAAAAUCACUAAAAAGGUGGAAACUAUAGUUACAAGCCCUCAAACUACUGGCGUUAAGUCCAGCUGUCGGCUUUUAGAUACAAUAUUAUCAGCUGCGCCUCCUGGUCUACCAGGCCCGCGAUUCACUAUCCAAAAGCUAGUGUUUCACAUUAUGCAAGUGUUUUUACGACAAUUAUCAUCGUGGCUUAUAUAUGGAGUUGUUCAUGAUCCUUUUUAUGAAUUUUUUAUCAAGUUAGAAGAUUUUACUUCAGUCUCUACCCACCCGAAUCCAUCCAUUUUACAAGGUUCUCAUGGUUAUUUUGAUGAUCAAUCAAAAAAUGGUUCUAUGACGACAAAACCAAGAUUUUUGAUAGAUAAUGCAAACCUACCAUCAUUUCUACCAACUUCAUUUGCCCAAAGAGUGCUUGAAACUGGUGAAGCUGUGUAUUCUGCCACCUAUGAUCCAUCAGAAGCUUCUUUCUUACUGGAAUUAGAGAAAAAUUAUUUUCCUCGUUUUGCGGAACUGUCAACUUGUUUGGAAAAAAAUUCAGACGGACUUCAGUCGACUGGGAAAACGUUUAGUAACCUGAUAGAUCUUAAUAAAAUCAGUAGUUUAGUAUGCGAUAUACAGAGUGUUGUCUCAUAUCAUGCUUGGUGUAGUUUAUUAAAAGAACACAAAUUACUUCAAUAUCUUCGCUUAGUUAAAGAUGUCCUACUUUUAGGAAGAGGCGAAUUAUUCUUGGCAUUCCUUGAUCAUUUAAAUAUUUUAAAUAAUCUCAGCAACAGUAAUAACUCACGUUAUGGGACCACUUGUGAAAUCCAACAUAACAUUUUAGACAAACCUCCUCCAGCAAAUGAAAGUGCAGUUCAGGCUCUGGAAUACGAUGUUACUGAGGCGUUUCUGGGAGCAGCUCGAUCUUUAGGUAUGGAUGAUGAAGAACUAGAUUCCAAUUUUAAAUUUUCAAUAAAGUUGACAGCAGCUCAAUCAAAUAAACUGCCAGAAAAUAUUACUGUUUGGGAUUGUUUGCACUUAUGCAUUAUUGCUCCACCGGUGUUCGAACGUUUAUUCUCUCCUAAUAUUUGUCGUGCUUACGACAGUUUAUUUCGAUUUCUAUUCGCUAUCCGUCGAACACAACUGAAGUUACAACAGUUUUGGGCUGAUCAGGUUCUUUUGUGGCGUCGUACCUCUGCUCGUAAUCAGUCCAAUGUAAAUUAUGAUCAAACACCACCAACCAACGUUUUUAUUAAGUUGCAAUCCUGUAUAGGUCGACGCCUUCUAGUUCGUAGUCAUAUGGCAUUUAUUAUUGAGAGUUUACAGUAUUAUUUACAGGUCGAUGUAAUUGAAGCACAAUUCUCACACUUGAUUCAUCGUUUACAUAGUGAUCAAGAAAUCCGAUUAAUUCAAAUCGCACAUGAAGCUUACCUGGCUGGUUUACAAGCACAAGCAUUAUUGUUCAUGCCAAAUAUAAAAUUAUGUAUAUUACAGUUGUUAAAUUAUUGUUGUCAAUUUGUAGAUUUAUCAAAUCAACAAUACUACAAUGAUCAUUUAAUGAAUAUGGAUGAUGACCAUAAUCAUCAAUUGUCUAAUGAAGUGCACGAGAUGGUGAAUAAAUUUUAUACUCAAGCAAAAUUAUUGUAUGAUUUAUUAAAUAUUUCUUGUUUAACCGGUGCUAAAAGUAGUGUUGGUUUCAAUCCUGGCCAUACUGCUGUUAAUGAUCAUCGAGACUUCGAAUCAUUAUCGUUACCUGGUAUUAUUACUACUGCUACUACCAAUGGUCCUCUUUAUUCAGACGAAACAGAUUUAAAUCAGUUAUUGUUACGGUUAGAUUUUAAUCAUUUUUAUAGUGAUUCAUUGGAGAAUUUAAUCUAA